AUGGCCCCACCAUGCGAGCUCCGAUUGUCAACUUCCUCCAAGGGUGCGAAGCCUAGCCAUGGCUUUGAUGCCGUUCACCAUGAGAAGGUGCUUGAGCAAAACGAGCAAAACAAUCGAUCUGGCGACUACUCGGGUGCUACCAGCAAGACAGAUCCUGCUGAAAUCGCCUUAGUUCGAAAGCUGGAUAGAAUGAUCAUGCCUAUCCUCUGGGCAAUGUACUUCCUCAACUAUCUCGACCGAAAUGCCCUGCCCCAGGCGCGACUUAAUACACUCGAACGAGACUUGAACCUCAAAGGCGUCCAAUAUAACACUGCCAUCUCGAUCUUGUUUGUUGGUUAUCUUUUGAUGCAGAUUCCCUCCAACAUGUUCAUGACACGGACCCGACCAUCCAUCUAUCUCUCUUGCUGUAUGAUUGGUUGGGCUGCAGUAUCAGCCUGUACUGCAACAGUUAAGAGCUACUCCGGUCUUGUUGCUUGUCGUUUCUUCUUGGGCUUUGUCGAAGCUCCUUUCUAUCCAGGAGCCCUGUAUUUGCUCUCGAUAUAUUACACUCGAAAAGAACUCGCUACUCGUAUCUCGUUGCUCUACACUGGUCAAGUUGUGAGCACCGGUUGCUCUGGACUCAUCGCCGCAGCAACAUUCUCCACACUCGACCAAGUCAAAGGAAUUGCUGGGUGGAAAUGGCUUUUCAUCAUUGAAGGCUCCGUUACAGCUGUCGUUGCCGUCUUUGGCUUUUUCCUUCUGCCUGACGACCCUUCAGAAACUAGAUGGCUUACACCUGAAGAACGCGAGCUUUGCAUCCUUCGAAUCAGUCGCGAUACCGUAGGCCAGAAAGUUCGUGGCACAACCUGGGAGGGACUUAAGCAAGCUUGCAAGGACCCUCGAACAUGGCUUUUCUGUUUGAUGCAGAACCUUCACAUUAGCGCUUGCUCCUUCAACAACUUCUUCCCAACCAUUGUUCGCUCAAUGGGCUUCAAGUCUACUACCGCCCUUCUUCUCACUGCCCCUCCUUACUUUGUGUCUGGAAUUCUUGGUAUCCCAUUCGCGUGGUCUUCUGGCUACGUCAAUGAGCGUACCUGGCACAUCACUGCAGGCCUCUCUCUAGCCGUGGUAGGGUUCGUCAUCUCAUGUUCAACACUCAGCUCGGCAGCUCGCUAUACAGCAACGUUCCUCUACGCCACUGGUGCUUAUUCCGUUGGGUCUGUUAUCCUUGGCUGGGUCAGUAACACACUCUCGCAGACACCUGAGAAGAAGUCGGUGGCCUAUGCACUGGUCAAUGUUACAGCGAACCUGGCCUAUAUCUACUGCGCAUACCUCUGGCCUUCAUCAGAUGGCCCCGAUUACCUUAUGGGUUUCUCUUCUAUGGUAGCUUUCGCUGUUACUAGCAUCAUGUGUGCAUGGGCUAUGAGGGUCUGGUUGAAGAAGCUGAACCGCAGAAUCUUAGAUUCGUCAGAAAACGAGGGUGUUCUUUAUACUUAUUAG